CUGUCUUUAAAUUGGAGAGUUAUGGAAAUGUUAUCAAUUUUCCAGGAAAAGUGCUGUGAAAGAUGACUCAUCUAUUAUUUAUUGUGUUGACUUACUUUUCUUACUUUGCAAGACAGUUUUACCAAGUUUCAGAGAGGUCAUUGGGGGUUUUUUACCAUUCAUAGUAAGCAGUUUAAACUCUUUUGUAAAAAACUGCGAAAGUGGAAAAAAGGUGUUUUCAUUCUUAUCAUACCUAAUUAAUGAUAAUGAAGACCACCUUGCUGAAUACUUACCUUAUGUUGAUCCUUUUCCGAGUAAUGAACUAUUCUGUCCGCUCGCUAGGAAGCAAAAUAAGGUGAAAUACAGAAAUGGAAAGUUAACACUAGAACAGGAGAUAGACAUUUUUUUGAAGUCAUGCAAAAUGAUGGGUAAAGGAACUUUGGAAGGUUUAAAUCAACUUUGUUCUGAACUUAAUUCUAGGAGAGAAGAAUUAGCAGAUAUGGUAAACAUUUUAAAAUCAAAGACAUUAUUUUCUGAAGAUGUAAAAAAAAGUAUCCUACAUCAAUUAGUGUGCCAAUUGUCAUCACUUUGUGCUCCUGGUAAAUCUGCAGUAGAUGUUCAAAUUGCAGCAAGUCGAUGUUUAGGAGCGAUUGGACCAAUCGCUUUUUCAUCUGUAGUGCUGCAGCCAUUUUCUCAUGAUACAAUAGGAGGUCUAAAUGCUUUACAGCAAAGCUAUACUGUAAUUUUAAAUAUUCUUACUGAGUAUUUAUUUGAUAAAAGUAUUGAUAUCAAAAUUACAGCAUCACAAGUUCUUAAGGAUCUGUUAGGCACUAGAAUAGGCUACACAUUUUAUCUUGAUUAUAAGUUACAUCAUCCUGAUAAUAACAUCGAAAGAUAUGCUUAUCCAUUUUUUGCAUGUCAAAAUACCAAGUCUUUAAAACGGACUUGUCAGUACAGUCCAUGCUUAAACAAUAUUCAGAGAUUAUCUGUCUGGCUUCCGAUUGGUUAUGAACAUUCUGAAUGGAUAACAAAUUUAGUAUGUACCAUCAUAGAAAGUGGUCUUACAGGAAAUAAUUUUUUUGAAUGCUUAAUUCCUAUAUGUAAGAAACAGGUGAGCUUCUGUGAGAAAAUACUUCCUUAUUUAAUUCAUGUUGUCCUUUUACUCGAUGAUGAACAUAUCCGGGGUGCACUGUCUACUGGAAUACAAUCAUUUUUCUCACAUUUUUCCUCAUGGGUACAGUCUUCAUCUAGCAAAAGUUCUCAACUCUCAGCUUCUCCUUCCAAUAAAGAAUUUAGCAAGUCAUCUGUUCAAACCAUGCUUUCUGUUUUGAAUCAUAUAUGGCUGAAUCCACGAGAACAAACUGGCAAUCAGAGAAAUGUUCUGAAAGAUUUUUGGCUGGACCUCAAUUACCUAGAAGUUGCACAGGCUGCUCAGUAUUGUUCUGCUUAUUUUACUGCUAUACUGUAUACAGAAUUAUGGUGUGACACAAUGAGAGAAAAAUCAAGAAUAAAGGAUCAAUUAAGUGACUAUUCAGAUUCAGGAAGCCUGGAAAGCUCUCCUUUGUCAUUUAUUGGAUCUCGGGAUAGAGAAAAAGCUUCUUUGGUAUAUGACAUUCUCCUUGAUGCAUAUUCAAGUAUUGGAGAUAUGGAUGCAGUAAGUGGCUGUGAAGUAGUUGCUACAGAUAGUCAGUCAAUUUUAAAACAUAGUUACUUGAUUGAGAAGAAGUGGGAUGGCCUUCUGAAGAUAAAUGAUCAGAAUAAUUCACACAUUGAAAUACUACAGGCACUUCAGCAAAAUGGACUGCAUUCUGUACUCCAGGGCUAUAUCCAGUCUUUAUUAUUAAAUGGAAACCCUGCUGAAAUGUCUACAAUUUUAGAUUAUCAGUGCGAGAGUGCCUGGAGGUUAGGGCAUUGGAACUUACCUCUUAUGGAAAGCCCACAAGAUGGUUUUGAAGAGCAUGGUUUUCAAGAAUAUCUGUAUAAAAGUCAACAGAAUUUCAUUGCAGAAAAUAAACCAGUAUUUGAUAAGUACUUAAAUUUAGCUCGUGAAACACAGUUUGAAUGCCUAAGCAGUACAAGUUUGGAAUCACCAAGAAAUAUUCUUCCAGUCCUUAGUCAUAUCCAAAUGCUUUCUGUCUUAGAAGAAUUUUCUGAAGCAUAUUUAGAUGCUCAAGCAUUAAAGAAUCUGCUAAAUAAAUGGCAAUUUCAGGAUCAAAUAGCAUACGAUGAUUUUGAAUAUGUAGAACCUGUCUCAUGGUUAAAAUGCAGGUUAUUGACUCACUGUGUGUGCUCUAACCAAAAUAAGCCUACCAUCCUUCCCAAGCUUAAAAAGCUUUUAGAAAAACAUGCUGUUAUAGCAAGAAAAGAACUUUUCUUAGAGGUUGCAUCUAGUGCCGUAAAUGCUCUCAGGAAAUUGCCUUGUGUGGAGGACGACGAUAUAGUAAGGUGGCAAAUAGAAGAAGCUAAAAUUCUUUGGACCAAGAAAGAAUAUAGCAUAGCUAGUAAAAUAUUGAAAUCUACUCUACACCGUAUGGAAAAAAUUGCUAAAGAAAAUUCAAACAUUUUAAUGUGCUAUGGAGAAGCACUUACUCUUAGAGGAAGAUGGUUGGCUGAAACUUGUAAUGAAAAUUCUGUUGUCAUCAUGCAAGAAUAUUUGGAAAAGGCAGUGAAUGUGUUGAAAGAUAUAGAAAGCGACAAUAGUAGUACAUCCACUUCAAGUUCAUGUGCUAUUUGGGAUGCGUACUUUGCAGUUGCUCGUUAUGCUGAUAGACAGUACCAAAGCAUUAUGAAUUAUAAAAAAUCUACUGCAUAUCAGAUGAAACAAGAAUUAUUGCAUAGCUCUAAAGAAGAAGCUAGAAAACUGAAAUCAAAGGAUAAUAAUGAAGACCAAAGAAAAACUCAUGUGAUUAUGACAAAGCAAAUUCUUAUUGAUCAAGAAGAAAUGGCAGCUCUUGAAGCAGAUCAAAAGAAAUUUCUUGAAAAAGCAAUCAUUAACUACUUAAAAUGCUUGUGUGGUACAGAUACUCAUGAUGUAUGGAUAUUUCGUCUAAUUUCCUUGUGGUUUGAAAACUUGUCACAUAAGGAAAUAAAUCAAAUUAUUUCUGAUAAAAUAAAAGAUUUGCAAUCUUAUAAAUUUUUGCCACUUAUGUAUCAGUUGGCUGCCAGGAUGGGAACUCAAGCUUCAGCCCUUUUUACAAAUACCCUUACACAACUUAUUAAAAGAAUUACAAUAAAUCAUCCACAUCAUGCAUUGCCUGUAAUCUUAGCUUUAAGCAAUGCUGAUAAAGAUCCACUUGAUGCAAAGAAAAUAUCCACCCAAACAGCUUUAUUAGAGCAAGCUGAAGUACCAUCAGUAAAAGAAAGAAUGAAUGCUGCCAAGAAGAUUAUCUCUCUUCUACAGAGGUCAAAAAUAAGCUCCAUUUUAAAAAGUUAUUCAGAUUUGUGUGAUGCAUAUAUUUCUUUAGCUUACCUGCCAGUGGAUAAAAUAACAAAGAAAAGUAAAAUUCCAGCAGAUCAAUCACUUUUGAAAUUUAAAAAUCUUCAUAAUAUUCCUAUUAUUACAGAGGAAGUAAAGGUUGAUCAUAGUUGUGAAUACAAAAAUAUAGUUGGAAUAUAUUCCUUCCAUAAUGAGUUCAGAAUGUGUGGAGGAUUGACUCUUCCCAAAGUCAUUAAAUGCAUAGGUAUGGAUGGUCGAACAAGAGAGCAGCUAGUUAAGGGUCGUGAUGACUUGCGACAAGACGCUGUUAUGCAACAAGUGUUUUGUUUGGUAAAUUGCUUGCUAGAACGAAAAAUGGAAACCAAAAGGAGAAAACUUCGCAUUAGAACAUACAAGGUAGUACCUGUAUCACGCAGAAGUGGGGUUUUACAGUGGUGUGAAGGUACACAAGUACUUUCUCAGUAUCUCGUUGGAGGAUCCGGUGGGGCACACGCUAGGUAUUAUCCCAAUAUGGCAACACAUCGGGAAUGUCGAAGCAAAAUGGCGGAAAUAGCCAGUAUUUCUCAUCUACCUCAAAAAAGAGAAGUCUAUGAUUCCAUAUGUGCCAACUUUCCUCCGGUAUUUAGGUAUUUUUUCCUAGAACAUUUUCCAGAACCUUCUUCUUGGUUUGAAAGACAACAGUCAUAUACAAAAAGUGUUGCGGCUAGCUCCAUUGUUGGUUAUAUAUUGGGUCUUGGUGACAGACAUGUCAACAACAUUUUAAUUGAUACAAACACUGCUGAAGUAGUUCAUAUAGAUUUUGGAAUCGCAUUUGAGAAAGGCAGAAUUCUUACUACUCCGGAAACAGUUCCUUUUCGCUUGACGAGAGACAUAGUUGAUGGAAUGGGAAUCAAUGGGGUUGAGGGUACUUUUAAAAGAUGUUCUGAAAAAACUUUAGAAGUUAUGAGGAAUUCGCAAGAUGUUCUUUUAACAAUAUUGGAAGUCCUCUUAUAUGAUCCAUUAUAUGAAUGGACUGUACCUGCAUCCAAGUCACCGUCACAAAAAGCCUCCUCUUCAACUACUUCUGAAAGUCAAGAAGUAAAUAAACUAGCUGAAAGAGCUUUGAUGAGGUUACAACAAAAGCUACAAGGUUUAGAAGAAGGUGUUGCUAUGAGUACAGAAGGCCAAGUUAAUCUCCUCAUACAACAAGCUCGAGAUCCGAACAACUUAUGUAGAUUAUAUGUAGGAUGGCAACCAUAUCUGUGAUAUUUUUUACUAGUACAAAUAUUCAUUGUAUAUAGAACACUUAUAUUUGAAUAAAAUACAUAUUUUUGUUUUGUA